GACAAGAACACUGUGGACUAUCUCAGACCCUCAGCUGUUCUGCGGACGGUAGCUCCAUCAUCAUGCGUGAAAUUGUACAUCUGCAAAUUGGACAAUGUGGCAACCAGAUCGGCUCAAAGUUUUGGGAAGUGAUCAGUGAAGAACAUGGGAUCAACGAGACAGGCCUCUACGAAGGGGACAGCAAUGUCCAACUAGAGAGGAUCAACGUCUAUUUCAAUGAGGCACAUGGUGGUAAAUAUGUGCCCAGGGCCCUGCUGGUGGACCUGGAGCCUGGCACUAUGGACAGUGUAAGAGGGAGCCGCAUUGGUGCCCUUUUCAGACCAGACAACUUCAUCCAUGGAAGCUCGGGUGCCGGGAACAACUGGGCAAAAGGCCACUACACAGAAGGAGCCGAGCUGGUGGAGCAGGUCAUCGACAGGGUGAGGAAUGAGAGUGAAAGCUGUGAUUGCCUGCAAGGCUUCCAGCUGGUUCACUCACUGGGGGGCGGCACAGGUUCCGGCAUGGGGACCCUCAUCAUCAAUAAGAUUCGAGAAGAGUAUCCUGAUCGGAUCAUGAAUAGUUUCAGCAUUAUGCCCUCCCCUAAAGUCUCUGACACGGUGGUGGAGCCAUACAAUGCCACGCUGUCCGUCCACCAACUUCUAGAGAACACAGACGAGACCUUCUGCAUAGACAAUGAGGCCCUCUACGACAUCUGUUUUCGCACGUUAAAACUGACCACACCAACUUAUGGGGACCUCAACCACCUGGUCUCCAUGACAAUGAGUGGGGUCACAACCUCUCUGAGAUUCCCAGGACAGCUCAACGCUGACUUGAGGAAGCUGGCUGUCAACAUGGUGCCCUUUCCUCGCCUCCACUUCUUCAUGCCAGGCUUUGCCCCUCUGACACCGCGGGGCAGCCAGCAGUACCGAGCUCUCAGCGUGCCUGAACUCACCCAGCAGAUGUUUGAUGCCCGCAACAUGAUGACAGCGUGCGACCCACGGCGAGGUCGGUACCUCACGGUUGCAGGUGUCUUCCGUGGUAAGAUGUCCACCAAAGAGGUAGAUGAGCAGAUGCUUGCAAUCCAGCAGAAAAACAGCAACUACUUUGUUGACUGGAUCCCUCAUAAUGUCAAAGUGGCCGUGUGUGACAUCCCACCUCGAGGGCUUCGGAUGGCCUCCACGUUUAUCGGCAAUAACACGGCCAUUCAGGAGAUUUUUCGUCGAGUGGGGGAGCAGUUCUCCCUGAUGUUUAGACGAAAGGCUUUCCUCCACUGGUAUACAGGGGAAGGUAUGGAUGAAAUGGAGUUCACUGAGGCUGAAAAUAACCUCAACGACCUGGUGUCAGAAUACCAACAGUACCAAGAUGCUACCGUUGAUCAAGACUGGGAAGCAGAAGAUGAAGAAGAAGAGGGACCCUCACCCGUAGCAACAACAAAGGUUACGGCUAGGACGGAAGUCAAACUGGAAACAGUAACAGAGACAAGCAAAGAAGUUGUAGCUCAGCAAUAAGCAUGGGGUGGACAUCUCGGUACUAAAGGACACUUUCAGGCAAGGAUUCAAACAGCAUGUGUAUGUUUUUAUCUGAAAGUGAUUUUUCUUUGUCAAUUUGACUUGAUAACCUGUGGUUUAAAUAAAUGCUUUUCACUGACUCAUGUAAGCAAUUUCAACUUUAAAUGCAUUAUGAAAUUUACCAACAAAGAUUUGAAGCUUCAGUCAGAAGGUUGAACAAAGGCUCAACAUCUGCUCCAGUUAGCCACAGUUGAUAACCUACCGUCAUACUUUGUUGGUAUGCAGGUAAACGUUAUGCUGUCUGUAUUUCCUAAAAUAGAUUAAAACGUUUUAAUGUCUCUUUGCCAGCUACCUAACGGACAAGCUUGUAUGGACCGAUUUAAAAUUAUUACUACUGAAUUUUUAUGCAAAUAAGAAAUGCUUUAAAUAUUUAUGUCUGUGAAUCUGACAUGAAUUUCUAUCAUCUUACUGUGGCUGUCAUAUUAGGUGUAAUAAAAGCAUGAGGCAACAACGGGAUACAAAUAACAAGUGUAACUACAAGGUGUUGGUAUGACUUGUGGAGAAUCAUGAAGAAAACUAAAUUUGCUGAGAUUAUUCGGACUUGUCUUGAGUGUGCAUCAUCCCAUUGUUGUAGUUGCUCGUCAGCCAUUGCAGAAACAAAAGUGUAGGUUUAUGGUCCCACCGCAGGCCAAAAUUGCAGAGAUGAUUUUAAUAAAAGUGGCCUUUGAAAUGUACAAUUUUUGAUGAUAUUUUAGUGAACACAUAUAAACUGGUGAUGUAGCCAAUAAAUGUCUCAUUAGCUAAAAUGUCUGCAGAAAAGGAAAUUAGCAAAAUCAGUAAAUAGCAACAAAGUAUAACAGCUAGUUAAUUCUUUUAACUUUUUUAUUUCUGUUUCACACAAGAUUGACAAUCCGUCCAACAAACAAUUAUAUAUUCAUGUGUAGGUUUAACCUAGAAAGGUCAGCUAACCUAACAUGCAUGUUUAUGACUGUGGGAGAAAACCCACAUCUGCAGCUGGACAAUAUGCGACUUACUGCAGAAAGGCCCCAGAUGGAAAUCAAACUCAGGCUGUUUUUCACUUUAAGGUAACAGAGCCGACAGAGUCCACCACCUUGCAGCCCCGUAGAUUCAGUCAAAAAAAGGACUUAAUCUAGUCUUAUGGGCAUGUCUGUGCUGAUGCUAAAAGCUCUAAAUUUAUUGAUGGGGCAACAGUAGCUCAGGAGGUAGAGCGGGUUGUCUGGUUGCAGGUUAGAUCCCGGCUCCCACCAGAGAAUGCUGGUGUUGUGUCCUUGGGCAAGACACUUAACCUACCUUGCCUGCUGGUGGUGCCAGUGUUAAGGUAGCUGUGGCUACACUGUAGCUCAUCACCACUGGCGUGUGAAUAGGUGGAUGACUGAAUAUGUAGUGAAGUGCCUUGGGGGGUUGUAGAACCCUAAGAAGUCGCUAGACAAAUACAGGCCAUUUACCAUAACUUUAUUAUAGUUCUACUUUAGAUUAAAAAUCUGCAUUUUGAUAAGUGCCUUCUAAAUAAUGGUGCAUUUUUAUGGGCUGUUUUUUGUGCACACUGCAGAAGAGGUAUUUAAGCUCCAACUUGGAUUUUAUCAUCACGACGACCAAUGUUCCAUUUUGCAUAAACAGUAUAAUAAAAUGUGUCAACAAUAAUGCUGAUAAUUUAUUAAACGCAAAUCAUUUAUCUGCUUGCAUGUUUAUUUUUUUCAUAAUAAAAGUAUUUCUUUAUUAAAUAUGUGAUGUAUUUUAACAAAAUAAAAGAACUUUAAAAUUGAA